GGCAAUGAAGCUGGUUGUGACAUUGCUAGUCUUAUCACUAACUGUUUCGGUCGGUGAAGAAAACAAAUUGAGUCCCAGGAUAACCGGAGGCUAUAGGGCCAAGACCUUUACAAUUAUAUACCUAGUUGGAAUCGUCUACUUCGAAACUCAAAGGUCACCACUGUUCUACGGAGCCGGCACCCUAAUUUCGAAUCAAUGGAUCCUCACAGUCAAUCAUGUUCUGAAAUAUAAAUACAUUGAGGUCCACCUCGCGUCAAGAAGAUCGUAUAGGGGCUUUGAUAUCAUCAGGGUCUACAGGGAAAACUUCCACUUUCACCAAGAUAAGCAGCGCGUCAUUGCCCUGGUUAAGUGUCCCUACCAAAAGUUUGACUAUCGAAUGAACCGGGUUCGCGUUCCAGCCUAUGGAACAAGAAACAAUCGAUUCACCGGAAACAUGACCAUGGUGUGUGGCUAUGGAACUUCAAAACGAAACGGUAAGCUGCCCGAAUGGAUGCAUUGCAUAGAAGUGCCGGUCAUUUCCAACACCGAAUGCAUUAAAUACUAUGAACAAUUGAAUCCGUUUGAGAUGUGCACCUCUGGAGAGGGCUAUAAAGCAGUUUGUGGGGGCGACGUGGGCGGUGCGGUGGUCACGAUGGGCGAUAAUCCCACCCUUAUUGGUAUCAUAUGGCUCAUGCCCACCAACUGCAGCAGUGGAUAUCCAUCGGUUCACAUCCGUGUCAGCGAUCACAUAAUGUGGAUAAAAAGGAUAUCCGGUGUGGGAUUCUAAAAAGGAAUGAUGUUGUAAUGAUGCAGCCCAUAAAAUAAACAAACAAAUAAAGCGUAUUAAAAAAUUAAGCUUUCUGGUAACAAUCAACCUAACUUCCAAACUUAAACGAAUAGUUUUUAUGUAUUUCAUGUUAAUACAAAUUACUACAAGUGUAAAAACUAAA